CUCUUUAACAUAGCACCUUCACUUCAACGUCAUUUAGGUCAGAUAUGGAGCCUCCAGCAAUGGGGACUAAACGAAACAAGAAGUUAUUUCAAAUUCUAUUGCUUUCCGUAUUGUUGGCUGGCAUACGUGCACGGAGUCAUAAACUAAAACUUGAGGAUGAUGAUCGAAAGCAGAUUAUUGUCAGUACUUUCGGCUUCCUGACUGGAGGAACCCUUGCAGUUAACCUUACCCACUUCACCUUCAAGCCUAGAGGACCCCUUGCUAACAAGGCACCUAAUGAGACCAUGUUUGGGUUUACACUUGACAAGAGCAAAAGCAAGGAGCUGUCAUCAUUUAUGGAAAAAAUGCAGGGGUCCUGUCCUGUGGAUGAGCUUGCAAAGGAAAAGGAACAAACCAAUGAUGUUCAGACUGUUAUGUUUCAGCUCAAUCUGAAUCAAAAGAAGCUGUUUAUAAUAAGGAAGGGCAAGGAGAUGAACAAUUUGGUCAUUUCUCCUCUUGCACCUAAAACAUUCCAUGAAAAGCACUCGCUGAACAGACGAGCAGUGGGUGCUGAGCCGCAUUUGUCUGAGCUUAGUGAUGAUUUUUUAUUCAAGAUCCAUCAUGUGAAGAGAGUCCAGCGGGAUGCAGCUCCCACACUUGCACCAAGCCUGACCACAGUACCAGGAACCACUAUGGCUGAGACGCAGGCAUUAAACCAGUCUGGCAGCAGCCUGGACACAGCUGAUGAAAAUGCAGAUGCAUCUAAGAAGCAGAGCAGUGGCACAAGUUCUGACCAAUCAGAGGCACUGAUCAAUGAACUGGACAUCAUGGUGGAAAACGUGGACAAUGUACAAGUCUUCUCAGUUUAUUUCCUUGUAUGGAUUCAGAAUCCUAAUGAAGAAGGCCUCUACAAUCUGUAUUUUCACAACUGUCUGAAUUAUAAAGAUGGCAAUCAUGCUUUUGUGAACUUGUCAGUGGAGAUUAUAGAGGAAAACAAUGGAAACUUCUUGACUGCAGGUGAAAUGCCUGUGCCUGCAUUGUACUUCACGUUCAGCGUGGUUUUCUUUAUUAUGGGGGUAGCAUGGUUCUCGGUGCUUCGCCGGUCAAAGGAAGGUGUGUACAAGAUCCAUUAUCUCAUGCUGGUUGUUGUGGCUGUCAAGAGCCAGGCAAACCUGUUCCAUGGGGUGAAUAUGUAUUUCAUUCAGAAGACAGGUAUUCAUGAAGAUGCAUGGGCUAUUCUUUGGUAUAUUGUCUACUUGACUCGUGGAGUUCUAAUGUUUGUGACUGUACUGCUAAUUGGAGCAGGAUGGGCAUUUAUCAAGCAUGUGCUGACAGACCAUGAAAAGAAGCUGUUCAUCAUCUUUAUACCUCUGCAGAUCUUGGACAGUGUUGCCUGGGUUAUAGUGGAGGAGAGUGAGGAGGGAAACCAGUCCUACACCACCUGGAAGGAGAUCUUCAUCCUCGUGGAUUUGCUCUGCUGUGGUGCCAUCCUCUUUCCUGUUGUAUGGUCAAUCCGCCAUUUGCAGGAAGCUUCAAAUACAGAUGGAAAGGCUGCAAUUAAUCUGCAGAAGCUCAAGCUUUUCCGGCAUUUUUAUAUUAUGGUGGUGUGUUAUAUUUACUUCACCAGGAUAAUAGUGUAUUUGCUUAAGAUCACACUGCCUUUCAAGUUUGAGUGGCUGACAGACCUGUUCUCAGAGCUGGCUAUGCUUAUCUUCUUCGUCGUGACAGCCAUGAAAUUCCGGCCUGCUUCUGACAAUCCAUAUCUUCAGGUCCCUGUAGAGAGUGAUGAUGAGGAAAUUGAAAUGGAAGAAGUGCUGACCAAAACUGGAGCCACAGACUCUGUUGUCAAAGUGAACCAGAAGACCCAAGGUUCCAAUAACCAGCUACUGGUAAAAGUACACAUUGCCGAAACGCCUGAAAUGGAGGUAUUAUGAAUGGAAAAGCAAGAAGCGAUUGCUAAUGCAAGACCGCAUCACGUGAAGCCAGGUGACGUCUGGGAAUUGAUGUGCGCACAUUAGAACAUGGCAGACUUGCAGAGUGUCUUUAGCAUCAUCUAGGUUCAGUAGGACAGCCAUUUCUGUACAUUGUACUUAAUUUAAUGAAGUCUUUGCCAUUUCUGCGGCUUUUGAUGACUAGUUAUCACAAAAGAAACAUGUCGGUGGAAAGAACUCAAUGUGUGUAUUAAUGAUGUGCAUGCAGGCUUGUAAAGAGAGUGUGCUAUUUUGUUGACAAUUUUAAUUGACUUUUUGUGCGUAUAAGAUAUUCUGGGUGGAGGGGUGGGUGACAAGGCAGAUUGAGUGGAGAAGUAGUCAGUGACUAAACAGUGCAGUACACCGUGGGAUCGUAAAUGUGUGAAGUUCUGUACAAAAUGAUAACAUCUUGCUCCAGUACUGUUGCACAAAAGUUCCGAAGGAAGAUUGUGUUUCACUGCAGGUCCUUUCAAAAGGGCCUUUCUCCCAUCUGGCAUUGCGAUUGUGUUCCAUUAUUGUGAAUAAUAAAGCACGUCCACUUUUUUUCAAACAUCAAAA